AUGGGCGGCGAAAGCGCUGCACCAACACCAUUCGCGCGAGCGCUGUGUGCCGGCGGCGCGGCGGGGUUCGCCGUCGACGUGUCGCUCUUCCCCAUCGACACGGUGAAGACGCGGCUCCAGGCGCCCCAGGGCUUCCUCAAAGCCGGCGGCUUCACGGGCAUCUACCGAGGCCUGGGCGCGGCGGCGGCGGGGUCCGUGCCCGGCGCGGCGCUCUUCUUCUCCGUCUACGAGACGACGCGGCACGUUCUCGGCGCGGACUCCGUCCUCGCGCAGAUCGCGGCCGCGUCGGCCGGCGAGCUCUGCGCGUGCUCCAUCCGCGUGCCCGUGGAGGUCGUCAAGCAGUCGCAGCAGGCGGGCCAGAUCGACGCGAGCCUCGGCAGGGGCGCGGCGCAGAUCUACGCCGCCGGCGGCCUCGCCGCCUUCUACCGCGGCUUCGCGGCGACGGUGAUGCGCGAGGUGCCGUUCUCGAUCCUCCAGAUGCCGCUCCUCGAGCGCAUGAAGGUGCUCUGGGUCGGCGCGCGGCGCGGCGAGCCCCUGGCGCCGGUCCACGUCGCGCUCUGCGGCUCGCUCUCCGGCGGCGUCGCCGCGGCCGCGACGACGCCGCUCGACGUCGUCAAGACGCGGCUCAUGCUCGGCGCGGACGCGGCGGGCGUCGCCUACGACCGGGGCACGCUCGAGUGCGCGCGGCGCAUCGCGGCCCACGAGGGCCCGCGGGCCUUCUUCUCCGGCCUCUCCGCGCGCGUCUUCUGGCUCUCGCUGGGGGGGCUCGUCUACUUCGGCGCCUACGACGCGAGCUCCGCCGCGCUCCGCGACGCCGGGGUCUAG